AUGAAAACCAUCACCGAAAAUUCAGUCCUCACAGAAACGAUUUGCCCAAGUAAAAAUGUGCUCAAGUACGAGGAAAAGGUUUUGGUGAACCGGGGGGAAUCGCUCAUCAAGGUGGACCCGUCUUACUACAUCAAGCAAAAAGUGUUGAACAUUCAAAACCUAAACUACUUGCUAAGCAGCUACUCCACAUUCUUCGAAAACUACAGAACGCUGAGCAUCCUCUCUGUGUUUAAUAUUUUCAUAAUUCUUUUUCUUCUCCUUCUAUACUUAUUAUUUUCCCUCAUAAUAUUUCUACCGAACAGCCAUAGGGCGAAAAGCGCCAUAUUCGAAGUGGCCAAUUAG